CCAGGAACUCACAGAGUGAUCCUCAAGGACCAUCGUAGAUAAGUAGUGAUUGGAGAUGUUUGUUUACUCCAUACCAGUAAAAAUCAAUGAGAGCAAAGUCUCCAAAAAGUCUCUGUUGUGAUCCUCAAGGGAACGAUUGCCUGGAUGGAGGCGGACUGACCUUGAUGUUGGAUCCAUUCAUUGGUCGAGUCUUCUGCAACAUUGGAUGAACUCAGAGAUGAGGGAGGAGAGUAUAGCAUCAAAACCCAACUUGAAUCAAAUAUACAAUAAAACAGAAACCAAGGAAACUUAAGAGCAAAACUGGAACUAGGAAUCACAAGAGCAGAACAGAGGACACCAACAGCAUCCACAAAUUAGGAGAUUCGACAAACACCAGUAACGUACACACAAGAUCUAGUGAAUGGUGGAUGGGAUGAGGUGAAGACAGUGAUGGAAGGAGAUGCUCUCACUCUGCACACAGGAGCUCAACAAAAUAAAGACAAUAUAGAGACAACAUGGCUUUUUAAAAGUGGCAGUCUUACCACCCGCAUAGCACACAUGAAUAAUGGGAAAGUUUUUACCCAUUAUGAAAAAACACUUGCUGACAGAUUACAAUUAGAUCAAGAGAGUGGAUCAUUGACCAUCUGUAACAUCAGUACCAGUGAUUCUGGAGUUUAUGAAGUAUCUCUCACCAUCAGAUUAGAUGUCUCUGAGAGGAAGAUCAAAGUUGAUGUAUAUGCACCUGUCUGUGUACCUGCUAUUGAGAGCAAAUCAUUGGUUAUUGUGGACCAAUCCUCGGGUACUUUAAAGCAGUCACAGAAGAAGAAGGAGUUCUGCUCUGUGUUCUGCUCAGUAAGAAAUGGUCGAGGUGUGUUCAUCUCGUGGUAUAAAGGAGGUGAAAUGCUGAACCAGACCAGCAAUCCUGAUCUCAACAUCAACCUCAGUUUACCAUUAGAGCUUCAUUAUAAUGAUCCAGAGACCUACAGCUGUACGGCUGCAAACCCAGUGAACAACAAGACCGUCCGUCUUCACAUGAAACAGAUCUGCCCACGACAUGAAGAUUGUGUGGGUCACUGUGGCGUCACUGAGGCUGUGAUUCGUCUGGUUCUGUCUGGUCUGGUGGGAAUUGCCACGGUUGUGUUUCUGGUUGAGCAUCUGAGGUUCUGCUCAUCUCAGAGAAGAACUGGUUGACUUACAAGAGUUUGCAGGGUGUAAAAUUUGACAUUGGUUUGCAAAGUGUUACCAUGAGGUUUGAAUCACCUGUUGGUUGCGGUAUUCAUUAUUUAUUGCUGUGGUGAUAAAGGUAUCUGAUAAAAUCAUAUAGGCCUUAAUUUGAGUAAAUGUGACCAGUAUGCUUUUACAAGUAUCUAAAAUGCACUCAAACACUUAUAUACAUAGCAUAACAUAAGUCUAUAUUUGUGUGUGUGAGUAGCUAUAUGCAGUAAUGUCUAUGAAUGUGAUUUUUUUUAUUUAUUAUGUCUGACUGUUAUAAUCAUUGAUAAUAAUGUAUUAAAGUUUUGGCUAAACGCGUCUCAAGUCAGUGGUUAGUGUUUUAGAGUGGAAAUGCUAUAACAGUAGAAUUAGCAGGUAGAAAGAAUUGCAAUUAUCAUGAACAUAUCACAGUGUUUGUCAUGUCGGGUCCUCCAGGACCACCGGACUUGGGACCACCGGAUGAUGCAAAAAACAGAGCCACUGGCAGAAAUCACUGGCAAAAAAAAUAAGCCACAAAACAUUGAGUCCACAAACACAAAGUAAC